CCCCUCCCGCCUUUCCCCCCACACCGCGGCAGUGAGAGUAAAUAGAGAAGCUCUAAGAUGGCGGAGUCCCUCAGCCUCAUUCACUUCACCUCAGCGGCCAAGAGCCCGCUCUCCAAACCCAAGGAGUCGAAGGCGUCGUCCGAAAACCGACCGCAGUCUUCCCGGGACCACCAGCCCCCACCACCUAAAAAAGUUCGAAGCGAAGAGAAGAGCCUGAAACCCAAGAAACUGAAUGGUGAAGGAGGAGUGGAGAAGCAGCAGCAGAAGCAGCACAGUUAUGGCAGCGCGACAACAUGGAGUGUCUCUGCCGUGCAGCCGAGCAGCCCCGCUCCCCCACCGCCGCCGCAGGCUUCCACCCUGCACAAAGUCCACAGCGUGUUCCGGCAGAGCGCCUUCCUCACCGCGCCUCCUAAAGCCAAGAAGGUGAAGGAGAAGCAGCGAGAGCCGGAGAAGCAGCGAGAGCCGGAGAAGGAGCGCGAAAAGGAGAAGAGGAAGCACAAGCCGGAGAGCAGCAGCAGCAGCAGCCUCGGGACCGCGGCGGUCAAGAAGGAGAACGGAGAGCUGAAGUCGGUGCAGAAAGAGCACAUCAUCAAGGACAAACUGAAGGAGAGGGAGAGGGAGAAAGAACGAGUGCGUGAGAAAGAGAAGAAAAAGGAAAGAGAUAAAGACAAGGAACAGACAAAAGAGAAAGACAAGGAGCGGGAGAAGAAAAAACACAAGCUGAUGAACGAGAUCAAACGAGAGAACGGAGAAGUGAAGCUUCUGCAGAAAGUUGAUACAGAGAAACCGAAGGUGAAUAUGGAGGAGCUUCUGCUCAAGAAGGUAAAGAAGAAAAAGAAAAAGAAACACAAAGAAGCAGAGAGACGAAAACGACCCAAGAUGUACAGCAAGUCGAGUCAGACGCCGUACUCGUCUCUGCUGAGCCCCGAGCUCCCGGUGACGCUGCCCAAAUCCGAGACGGAGUUCAAAUCUCCAUUUCCUGUCUGUAAAUCCCUCUCGCUCUCCUCCUCCUCUACUGCCGUUAUCAAGCAGGAGAAGUCCAGCUCCAAGUCCUCCUUAGGAGGCGUGGACAUGGCGGGAAUCUGCGGAGGGAAAACCUCGCAGCUCCACUCGCGGCUCCCAGGGAUCGAGGGUUUGGAGUUUGGGCGGUUUGUUCAUGUGGAGCAGCAGCCGAACGGAGGAGCCCUGGUGGUCCACGCCUACAGCCGCGAGCUCGCCGUUCUCUCACCCGAGGAGAUGCAGAGGUUUGCGCAGGAGUUUGUGACACUGGCCUUCUGCGAGGAUCAAAACGGAGCUGCGCACUACGUCAUGGGCAUCGUCCACGGAGCGGCCUCCUACCUCCCUGACUUCCUGGAAUAUUUUUCUUCCAAAUUCCCAAAUUCACCUGUAAAGAUGGAGAUCCUGGGCAAGAAGGACAUCGAAACCACCACCAUGGCCAAUUUCCAUGCUCAGGUAAAGAGAACCUACUCCCACGGGACGUACCGCGCCGGAGCCAUGCGUCAGAUCAGUUUGGUGGGAGCAGUGGACGAGGAGGUGGGCGAUUACUUCCCAGAAUUCCUCAGCAUUUUACAGCAGUCGCCGUUCCUUGAACGGACAUUGCCAUGGGGAACAUUCUCCAGUUUGAAGCUGAAAAGCCCUACAGAGAGUGAUGAUGGUCCGAUCAUGUGGGUUCGUCCUGGAGAGCAGAUGAUCCCAGUCACUGACAUGCCAAAGUCUCCUUUUAAAAGGAAAAGGUCAACCAAUGAAAUAAAGAACCUGCAGUACCUACCUCGGACGAGUGAACCUCGCGAGAUGCUGUUUGAGGAUCGGACACGGGCACACGCAGACCACAUUGGACAAGGCUUCGAGAGAGAGACCACUGCUGCAGUGGGUGUGCUUAAAGCAGUCCGCUUUGGCGAGGCUAUGGAGCCUCCUCGUAUUACCAAAGAUGUGGUCUGCUUCCACGCUGCAGACUUUAUGGAUGUUGUGCAGAGAUUACAGCUGGACCUCCAUGAGCCGCCUCUCUCUCAGUGUGUGCAGUGGGUGGAUGACGCCAAGCUGAACCAGCUGAGACGCGAAGGCAUUCGUUACGCUCGGAUCCAGCUGUACGACAACGACAUCUACUACAUCCCCCGCAGCGUAGUCCACCAGUUUAAGACGGUGUCGGCCGUGUGCAGCCUGGCCUGGCACGUCCGCCUCAAACAGUACCACCAGGACGCAGAGGACGUGAAGGAGGACGAAGACGAGAAGACUGUUCCCUCCACGUUUAUCAAACAAGAUCCUUUAUGUGAACCUCGGAGCGUGCCAGACUCACCCACCUUCACAGAGCCCCGACAGGUCCGAGACGUCUCCCCUGUGCCCCAGAUCAGGGUGGAGGAAGCAGACCUUCUCCCUGAUAGGAUAAAAGUCCCCUCUUCCAGUGCAGCAGCACCGCUGACUGCUCCUGCAUCAGACCAAGCCAAAGCACUCCAUCACUCGGAAUUCCGCGUGGCUCCUUCACACACAGUCACCCCGAGAUCCGCGGCCGGCCUGAGCACCACUCCCACCAAACACACACACACCUCCACACCCACCAAACACACCUACAGCUCGGCAUCAAACAAACACACACACUCCGGUUCAGCAAACAGACAUGGCCACUCCUCAGUCAUGUUCAAAUCCUCCCAUUCUUCUAACACCAUGGCAACCAAACACACACACUCGUCCAACACGCCCAAACACACACACACUACUGCUCCUACUACAUCUAAACACGCUUAUCCACACAACCCCAAACCCAGCUCUGGACAUCCAGACAGUCGGACUGCCCCGCCCCCGUUACAGGCCCCGCCCAAGUCGGGUUCAUCUCACACGCAGGUUCUGCCCCAGCCGCAGGUUGUGCAUCAAUCGUUCUCAUCACAACAACAGAUUCUUCAGCAAUCAGUCCAGCCUCAGCAGCAGACCUCGUUGUCUUGGUCAGGCAGAGCCUCAGACUCUCUCCACUCCAGGGUCACCCCACAGGACACUCGGCCACGCCCACCCCUCAGCCCCCUGUCUCACGAACAGCAGAAAGACUUUUUAUGCUGAUUUGUACAUAAACGUUUUUAAUGGCUUUUCAGUUUCAACUUUUAUCGUUUUUACUUUUAUCAUUUUUCUUGUUUUUGUUGAUGUAAAGAGGCGACGCUAACAGGAAGUGUGGGUCUGACUCCAACUGCAGCAGAGAUGGAAGGAGAAGGAGGUCCAGUUUGGCCAUAACCGAUCGAAUACACAGCAAAUGUAGCGUACAACAUUCCUCAGUGCCUGUAACUGUGAACUCUCAUAAGCACUUAGAGCCAGCGGCACUGCUGCUGCAGGUCGGAUUCAAUUCAACCCAAACAGCUCCUGGAAUAAUAUAUUUUUAAGUUGUAGGCUAUAGAUGUGUAUUAGAGCUGACAUGAACAUAUAUAUAUAUUUUUAAGAUGAGAUGAGACAAACUUCUUUUAAUGACUCCAGGCUUUUCCAUAGAGCUUAUUUAUAUCCAGUUUGGAGUUUUUUGUUUCAUUUUUGUCAGCACUGUAGUGUAUAUAACACUUUUUUCUAAGAAAAUGUGUAGUUUGAUUUAUAUCUAAUUAAGAACCUUGUAAUAAAAAAACUUCUUGAGAA